CGGUAAUCACUUAAGUUCAAACGGAGAGGACCCUGAGAGGUGUUAUGAUGAGGAGAACAGUCAAGAGGGAGUCACCAUGAAAAGGACCAAUGAUCGCAUCGAAGAUGCACCCCGUACCCUUAACAUACAUACUUUGACGUCUACCCCGUCCACAUUCGGGUCUAUGCAGAUGGGUAGUGCAGGGAAUAUCUCUCAAGUUUCGACGGUGGUACAGGAGCAGUACUGCAUGUGCCGGCCGCGCACCAAACUGGAGCGCAGGCUGGUGCUGGUGGUGGCGGCGCUGGGUCUGCUCGUCGUGGGGCUCCUCAUCGGCCUCGUCCUGGCGCUCGCCAGGCACAGCCCCGACGUCGACUGCAAGGACGUCAUCGCUGCGACUCACCUCAAAUUGUUCAGCGUCUGAAGCUGACACCACUUUUUCUACAUACACGCGAAGCAGUAUUCAUUUCGCAAUGUACGAUGUAUUUAUGGUUUAACUUUUGUAUGUCCUGCAUGAAAUAUUUAUUAAUUACGUACGACUGUUGACAUCUCGUGUUCCCAAUGAGCUGCUGCCACGCGAACGUCCCGAAAAUCCCUGUCAGUAGUUUACCGUCUGGCCGCGUUGGCGCGGUUUGAUGCGUCUUCGUUCUAAAAGUUCCUUUGUUGCAAUUCUCAC